UGUUCCUUCAAGAGAUUAUUAACAAGAAAAUGAAUGAGCCUGAUGACCUAGACGCAUCAGAAACUAUGAGCGCUAACCCAGCAGCUGGUUUGACUAACGCAACAAUGAAAAGGAAGAAGAAUGUUAUCGGAAGUGCAUACAAUAGUAACCUUAACUAUCCAAAGGACCAGAAGUUCUUCCAUAAUAAUGACAUGCCUGACAAAGCAAAAGAAGCAGUAAGACAAGUAAAGGAUGCAUUUGCACAUCAUGAUAGACCACAAUGGAAUGCUAGUGUUUCAAAAAGUGGCUUGCCUGUUCCAGAUAAUGAUGAUGCAAAAUUAUUUUCAAUAAAGAAAGGGUUUAAUGAUUUCCAUCCAAUAAGCAUAAAACCUAGUAAAGUAUACGACGGAACUGACACUAGGAAUAACUAUGACACAAGAGGCUGGAAUGUCUCUAACCAAGUCCCGAUCCCUCUUCAUGACCAAAAGAGAAUUGCUGAAGAAACCGCAAUGAGAAUGACUAAGACCAAGGAAUUCAAUGAGAAAGUGUUGACUAACUAUAAAACCCCAUUUGAGAAAGCUAAGGAACAUUCUGAGAAUCUGAAACUUACUAGAACCAUGGAGCAGGACUGGAAAAGCACUAUUAAGUCAGAGAUAGACUCCCAAAUGCCUAAGGCCAGUGAAGAGAAAAAGCAAGCUAUUGUGAUGAAGACUAUGUACGAAGAGAGGUUUAAGCACCAAGAACAUGAAGACCAACAUGAACUCACUUUCAAACCAAAUCUUAGCAAAACUUUGGUCUCCAGGAGGAAAAGAGUCUAUCAUCAUACUGGAAAAUGGGAGAAAUCUAAGUUUGAAGACUGAGAGGUCUGGUCCUGUUGAAUGAGUUAUGACAAAGAUUCAGAAGGAUGCAAUGUCAGAAUAAUUGACCCUGAUAAAUACAAUAUUGCAUCAUUCUAGUUCUGGAAACUAUGUUCAACCAGAAAUAAAAUCUAA